AUGGAGACCAACCUUACGACACCCUCUACGGAUUAAUCCCUAUUUUCACCAUUGAGUGAACUUGAGCUCGUGCUGUCACCGCUACAGAAACGGAGGUAAACGCGACACAGUUUUUAGUUGAAAAGCGACCAUAUUGAGGUCAGAGGAAAGCGUUGCCAAGGCGACCAGCUUGCUAGGGAGGACACUGCGGCGCGCGUCAUAGGCCUACGCCGGGAACGAGCGUGCGAGCGCACGUGCGCGCGCGCGCCAGUUAGCUGAGGCGGUCACGGCAUCCACACAGCAGCAGCAGCGGCAGCAGAGGCAGCAUCUUCACACACAAGAUUACCGGAAGACCCCGCAGUCUGUGCCCGCCGUUACCGAGACGAGCUUGAAGCAAGCCGAGGCUUGCACCGUGAUUUGAACUGGUGCUCGGCGGUGUCGGAAGUCUCCUUGAGGGGAUUUAUUGAGGAUUUAUCGACGACGUCCCAGAAAAACGCUCAAAAACACUGAGUAGCAGCAACCAUUGGUCGGCACAGGUGACACUUCUCGGCUGUGUAAAUCUCCCCAAAGCCCGCAGACACGAGUUAUUGUGGGUUAUUUUUUUGUCGUAUUAAGGCCUCGAUAAAAACAGACAUUCUUCCUGAAGCAAACCGGACUGUCAGCCGAGAAAUUAAUUAAUAUAUUGCCGUGCUGGAGAAGACGGGGACUGAUCCGAGCCAGCCCUGCUCGGAUGGGGAAUCAUACUAUCCUGCUGUAUGUGGUUGUAAUGCAGUAGAGCAGCUUUGUUUUUGGGAUUCAGUCUUUACUGUCAUUGUCUCCAGUCAUGAAGUCCCACCUGCCGGCCCGGUUGGAUUGAACGAAACGAGCACUUUUGUUUUUGCUCGCUUGACAUUUACCGCUGCUGGAGAAAGGUUUAGUGAAGAGGACAAGGAGGAGAAGGAGAAAUCUCAGGAAAAAACCCAUCAGUGGGAAUCUGGCACUCCACCAGCCCCCGUGGAUCACAAAUUAACAGAAAUUCGUGGCUGUAAGAGACAUCAAUCACAUGAUCUGGAUAAUGGAAGACCAAUAGGGAUGGAACGCAACAGAACCAUGGCUGGGGAAGCGUUUCGGAUCCUUGUUGCUCAGAAACAACACUGACCUGGCACCCACACCGAGGUCCGGCCUCCUUCUCCAGCACCCCAAGGACCCUUCUCCCCCCCAGCAACUGCUUUGCCUUCCAUCACACCUUCACUCAGCGCUCCUGGUCUUGAUCAAACCUCCAAAAAAAAGCUCUUUUUAGUCUUUCAGGGUCUGCCUGCUUUUGUUUUUAAUCCCCUUCUUAUGCUUUACCUUCCAGACUGUUGGUUAUAAUCCAUAUUCUUUCUUAAAAAAAAAAGACUGAAGUACUCCAAAACAGACUACAAGCAGGUGGCUGAACAGUACAAAUCCAGUCAUGCACCCCCUUCCACUCGCAUUAAGUAAACAAAGGCGGCGGGGUUUGUUGUCCAGGACGCAACCCCUUAGUCUCAUGACAGACUGGUGCCUAAUGGGUGUGCUCGGCCUCAUCCUGCUCUUCAGCCUGGCUUCGAGCCAGAAGGUAGACCCUUCAAAAAACCCCAUAGUCACCACCAACUACGGCAAAAUCAGAGGCAUCAAGAAGGACUUGAACAAUGAGAUCCUGGGCCCGGUAGAGCAGUACCUGGGCGUCCCCUACGCCACGGCGCCCAUCGGCGACCGCCGCUUCCAGCCGCCCGAGGCCCCGGGGUCCUGGCAGGAGAUCCGCAACGCCACCCAGUUUGCCCCCGUGUGCCCUCAGAACGUUCACGGCGUGCUUCCUGAGAUUAUGCUUCCCGUGUGGUUCACAGACAACCUGGACGUGGCGGCGGGUUACAUCCAGAACCAGAGCGAGGACUGCCUCUACCUCAACAUCUACGUGCCCACAGAGGAUGGUCCGCUCACAAAAAAACAUGAUGAAUCUUCAAUGAACAAGCCUCGAGACGAAGAUAUUCGUGACCGCAGGAAGAAGCCGGUGAUGCUGUUUAUCCACGGAGGUUCCUACAUGGAGGGCACCGGAAACAUGUUUGACGCGAGCGUCCUGGCUGCCUACGGCAACGUGAUCGUGGUGACCAUGAACUACCGGCUCGGCGUGCUCGGCUUCCUUAGUACCGGCGAUCAGUCCGCUAAGGGGAACUACGGCCUGCUGGACCAGAUUCAGGCCCUGCGUUGGCUCAACGAGAACAUCGGCCACUUUGGCGGAGACCCAGAAAGGAUCACCAUCUUCGGCUCCGGAGCUGGGGCGUCCUGCGUCAACCUCCUCAUCCUCUCUCAUCACUCGGAGGGUCUGUUCCACAGGGCCAUAGCUCAGAGUGGAACUGCCAUCUCCAGCUGGUCUGUCAACUACCAGCCCCUCAAGUACACCAAGAUCCUGGCCCGGAAGGUGGGCUGCACCUACACAGAGACGGCCGACCUGGUUGACUGCCUGAGGCGCAAGAACUUCAGGGAGCUGGUGGACCAGGACAUCCAGCCAGCUCGUUACCACAUCGCCUUUGGCCCCGUGGUGGACGGAGACGUGGUGCCUGACGAUCCAGAGAUCCUCAUGCAGCAGGGGGAGUUCCUCAACUAUGACAUCCUAAUAGGAGUGAACCAAGGCGAGGGGCUGAAGUUUGUGGACGACAGCGAGGACAACGACGGCAUCUCGGCCGCAGCGUUCGACUACACCAUCUCCAACUUUGUCGACAACCUCUAUGGCUACCCCGAGGGCAAAGACAUCCUGAGGGAGACCAUUAAAUUCAUGUACACCGACUGGGCAGACAGGGACAAUGGCGACAUGCGAAGGAAGACCCUCUUAGCUCUGUUUACAGACCACCAGUGGGUGGCACCGGCAGUGGCCACCGCUAAACUCCACGCCGAGUUUCAGUCUCCGGUUUACUUUUACACGUUCUACCACCACUGCCAGACAGAGACGCGACCCGAAUGGGCCGAUGCCGCCCAUGGAGACGAGAUACCGUAUGUGUUUGGCGUGCCCAUGAUCGGUGCUACGGAUCUGUUUCCGUGCAACUUCUCGAAGAAUGACGUGAUGCUGAGCGCUGUGGUCAUGACUUACUGGACCAACUUCGCCAAGACUGGGGAUCCCAACCUGCCAGUCCCCCAGGACACCAAGUUCAUUCACACCAAGCCCAACCGCUUUGAAGAGGUCAUCUGGACCAAGUUCAACUCGAAGGACAAGCAGUACCUCCACAUCGGCUUAAAACCUCGUGUUAGGGACAACUACCGGGCCAACAAGGUGGCCUUCUGGCUGGAAUUAGUCCCCCACCUCCAUAGUCUACAUGAGGAGCUCUUUCCCACAACUACCCGCUCUCCGGCAGGCCCUGGCCCAGGCACCCACAGACCCUGGCCCAGAACACCGGGCCCUCGCACCACUCGUCACCCCUACCCUACCAUCCCCUCUGAACUGGAGCCUUAUGGUUCGGAGCGUCCACGCCAAGACCUCUUCCCUGGAGACACCCGGGAUUACUCGACUGAGCUGAGUGUGACAGUUGCUGUGGGGGCGUCGCUCCUCUUCCUCAACAUCCUGGCCUUUGCCGCACUUUACUACAAGCGUGACAAGCGGCACGAGAUGCGCCGCCACCGGCUGUCUCCUCAACGGGGCGGGCCUGCCAAUGACCUGGCUCACAGCCAGGAGGAGGAGAUCAUGUCGCUGCAGAUGAAGCACUCGGAGCACGACCCUCACCACGACAUGGAGCCACUCCGGCCCCACGACAUCCUGCGGCCCGCCUGCCCGCCCGACUACACGCUGGCGCUGCGCCGUGCCCCCGACGACGUGCCGCUGAUGACACCGAACACCAUCACCAUGAUCCCCAGUACCAUCACCAGCAUGCAGCCUCUUCAUGCCUUCAACACUUUCCCCUCCACCGGCCACAACAACACACUGCCCCAUCCCCACUCCACCACCAGGGUAUAGUAGGGACUGGCCCGAAACAGCGCCACCUAAGGACCAGGAAGACUGGCUCUGCCACUGAUCUAGAAGGGAGGCCUCUGAACGUGGGCCUUUGUUCUGUUCUCUUAUUCUCUUGUUUCUCCAAAAACAACUCCGCCUCCUUCAUCAUGCUGUCAAACUUAGCAGCUCCACUGGUGGUGUGUGGAGAAGCAACUAAACUGCACGGCAGCAGAUGAUCAGUUUGGGGGGUGACUUAGAUCUUUCAAAGAUACUGUUUUCAAAGGUCUGCUGUUUCCAGCCUAAAGCCCCUUGACAUUUGUCAAAAGGACUAAUGCUUUUUGGCCCUUGCAGUUUUCAUCAUUUUCUUCUUUUCUCUCCCAAGUGUGUUAUGUGCAUAUAUUGUUCUCUUUUCUACAUCUGUGUCUUAUCCCUGCUUUGUUCCUCUCAUUCGACAUGUGAUUCUCUCCCUCUCCCCAGCGCUCCUCAGCUCUAAGGACUCACAAACGACUGAGCUGCAGGAGCAGGCAUAGAGUACAUACAGUAAUCAUAUAGCUAUGAAGACAUUGAUAAAUCUGAUACUUUCAUUCUACCAGCAUUCUUGGUGCCAAGUAUGUACUACUGUGUUUGCUUUCUCAUCGAGAAAGAAAAAAACUAAAGAAAAUUCUAGAGUAUUGCUAUUUACUGUCAAUUAACAGAUGCUGUGUGUUCUCAUGACAAAGUGCCAAACUGGCCCUUGAUUGUGUUUUUUUUCUUUCUCUCAUCUUCUGUUUAUUUUUUUCAAGCAUUUGUUUAAUUGUUGUUUUUGUGGAAAGAAAUUUUUGCUGAAAAUAUAGAUAUAGAGAAAUGAUAUU